UCGGCGGCUGUGUGUAGCGUAGCCACGCGUAGCUUCACUCCUAUUUUGAAUAAUUUUGAAGUAUUUUGAUUUUUGAAAAACAAAAAUACUAAAAAUAGUUUAAAGGAAAAAAAUAUAUUGAAGUUGUGUUGUUAAAAUGUUAAACCACCUAACCACCAUCCAUUUACCGAAUUAAGCAAUAAAUCAGUUCAGUAAUGUGUGUGAGCUCGGUUUUCAAUUUUGAGUUUCAAUCUAAGUGCUAAAGUUGUUCUACUGAUCCAAAAGUAAACUCGUACUCACAACAAAGUCAAAAAACAGGAUUCAAAAUGAAUCGGUUGGGGUUAGUAGCACCUAGUGGUGUAGCAGACAAUACUCUUGCAGUAUCCUGGCACGAUUCAGCAUGGAUCCCAAUUUUAAACACCACCAAUGUGAUGGAGUACUUUUCCAAUGCCUCGAAUCCAUUUUUCGAUAGGACUUGUAAUAAUGAGAUUGUCAGGAUGCAACGGCUGAGUCCUGACCAACUAGAAAACAUGACAGGCUUAGAAUAUGUAUUAUUGCAUGUUCAAGAGCCUAUUUUGUAUGUAGUCAGGAAGCAGCAUAGACAUAGCCCUCAGCAAGUUACUCCGUUGGCAGAUUAUUAUAUCAUUGCUGGUAUUAUUUAUCAAGCACCUGAUUUAGCUAGUGUCUUGAAUUCAAGACUUCUUUCUGCAGUAUUUCAUUUGCAAUCAUCUUUCGAAGAAGCCUCUGGGUUUUCCAGAUACCAUCCCAGUAAAGGCUACUACUGGGACUUCAAAACUCAAAAAAUUCCAGAAAAAAUUAAACCAGUUGAAAAAGAAAAGCCUAAAGAAGAUUCAAGUUCCUUAUUUCAGAGGCAAAGAGUAGAUAUGUUGUUGGGCGAGCUUAUCAAGAAGUUUCCGUUGCCAAGUCCACCCCAGCAGCCAAAAACUACUGCUUCAAACGCAGUUAAAACUGAAAAUACUAAUGAAAAUGGAGUAGAAGAAGGUAACGGCAACACUAAGGAAAAAGUUGAAGUCAAGCAAGAGAAGACUGGUAAUAAGCCUCCACCAGAAAAAAAGCCUAGACUGAAUUAGAUGUUUAUUUAACUAAGCUAUACUAAUAAAUUUUAAGAAAAUAAUUUGCAUUUUCACUGUGUUUACAAUAGCCAGCCUACAGGGUGCCAAUGGGCUGUAACUUUAAAACCAAAAACUAACCGCCUAUAGAAAAAACUCCUGGCCUAAAGUCUAGGGCUCGG